GAAACUUCUUUUCCGAGCACUUCUGGUCUUAGCAGAGGAGUUCGACCUGGGCAUCAGUAUUCAGGAGCCUCGCGCUACAAAUGAUACCGACUCCUUCGUGUCCGCCGUGUCACGCGAGUCACGUGGUUGCCGGCAGGCAGCCUGGGAGGGCCUGCUUGCUUGUAUCCAGGCCCGGAGAUGUCUGCAAAACUGCUAUGUCCUGAAGUACCACUGGCCAGCGGAAAGCUGGCGGCGCAGCCGCCUUCAAACCUGGGUUCCAGAAUUAGAGGGCAUCGUGGGAGCUCUGGAGUCCGCUUUGGGCCUGACGGUGUUGGAGUCGCAGGCUGUUCUGGCUGGCUUCCCUGCGGGGGAUCCUGCAGCGUCUGCGAGCGUUCCCAAGUUGCCGAAACAACCUCGGGACGUUAUCCGACUGCUUGACUUAAGGCAACUUCUGCCACAAGCCAUAGCAAUUUCGGAGGCCAUGAGCGCCCUCCGCCAGCUGGGGACGGCAGUGUCCUUGCAGACAGCUCGGAUCAUAUCCGCUGGGCGGACUGGGUUUCCAGAAAUCGGCUUCUUCGAAGAUGUGUGGAACAACUAUGUGCCAGACGGGACGCCGAGUCGGGCGCGUUCAGAAAGAU